AUGGCAAAGGUGUUGAUCGUAGAGGACGAUCCCCAUACUCGAGAACUGGUGCGCGUCUACCUGGACCGGGAGGGACACGACGUGCUGACUGCCGAGAACGGUAUCGACGGUCUGCGAGUCGCCCGGGAAGAAGCGCCAGACAUAAUCCUGCUCGAUUUGAUGCUGCCUGGAAUGGAUGGCCGUGACGUGUGCCAGUCGUUGCGCGGGGAGUCGGAUGUGCCCAUUGUGAUGCUGACGGCCCGGGUACAGGAGGGAGAUCGGCUGGAGGGGUUUGAUCUGGGAGCGGACGAUUACAUCACCAAACCGUUCAGCCCUCGGGAGGUAGUGGCCCGGAUUCGGGCGGUGCUCCGGCGCGCCGCGCGGGACCGGCAGGACGAAGAAAGGCAAAUGGGCGAGCUGACCAUUGGAGAAGUUCGCGUGGACCUGCGCAACCGGAGUGUGACCUCCGGUGAAGCGGAUGUUAAAACGACACCCACCGAAUUCAGAUUGCUGACACUGUUUGCCAAAGAACCGGGCCGGGUUUUCACGCGCGAUCAGAUAAUUGAACGGGCGUUUGGUUACGACUACGACGGCUUCGAUCGAACGGUGGACGUGCACGUUUCGAGUCUGCGGCGGAAGCUGGAAGCGACCAACGGGGGCAAACGCAUAAUUCACACCGUUUACGGCGUGGGUUACCGGGUUAGCGAUGUCUAG